AUGGCAUGUCGCACGGGUUUGACAACAAAAAAAAUUCGCACCUUUGUCCGUGGUCAAGAUGUACAGGAUACCAAGUGUCUUCAAGAAUCUUACCGCCAUGUUCUACGCAACACCAUUUACGAAAUCCGACUCUUUCCAAGCGGGGUUGGUUCGUUCGCAGAGUUCGCGAGCUAUGUCGAAGGUAACUACUUUGGUGAAGACCGCAGACGACUUUGGAUGAAGCCUUACCGUCAAGACAUCUACUAUGCCUCUAUGGAUACCAACAACUUCGUCGAGCCUUGGUACAGCCAAUUAAAGUCUAACGUUCUUAAGGACUGA